AUGGUGCUCGCGCAGUUAGGAGGGAGUAUAUCGCGGGCUCUUCAGCAGAUGAGCAAUGCGACGAUAAUUGAUGAGAAGGUUCUGAAUGAUUGUCUCAAUGAGAUCACACGGGCGCUUCUUCAGUCCGAUGUACAGUUCAAGCUUGUCCGCGAUAUGCAGACCAAUAUUAAGAAAAUCGUCAAUCUCGACGACCUAGCUGCGGGCCACAAUAAACGAAAAAUUAUCCAACAGGCUAUUUUUAACGAGCUUUGUAAGAUGUUGGAUCCGGGAAAACCUUCAUUCGCUCCCAAAAAAGGGAAACCAAGUGUUGUUAUGUUCGUCGGUUUGCAAGGAUCUGGGAAAACGACCACGUGUACAAAAUAUGCAUACUACCAUCAGAAGAAGGGCUGGAAACCAGCUCUGGUUUGCGCAGAUACAUUUAGAGCUGGUGCUUUUGACCAGUUGAAGCAAAAUGCAACUAAAGCUAAAAUUCCUUUUUACGGAAGCUAUACUGAGUCAGAUCCUGUAAGAAUUGCAGUAGAAGGUGUUGAAAGAUUCAAGAAAGAAAAUUGUGAUCUCAUAAUUGUUGACACCAGCGGGCGCCACAAACAAGAAGUUGCUCUUUUUGAAGAGAUGCGCCAAGUUUCUGAAGCGACAAAACCAGAUCUUGUUAUAUUUGUUAUGGAUAGUAGUAUUGGUCAAGCUGCUUUUGAUCAAGCUCAAGCAUUCAAGCAAAGUGUAGCAGUUGGAGCCGUGAUCGUUACUAAAAUGGACGGUCAUGCCAAGGGAGGUGGUGCUCUUAGUGCAGUUGCAGCAACAAAAAGUCCUGUCAUAUUUAUUGAUGUUCUCCAUGCUUCCAGGAUUUAG